CAGGUGCGCGUCACACAACAGGUGCGUUUUGAUGUCACAACCCUAGUUACUGGAGCUCGAGGGAGAAAGAUUUAUUCAACGCAAGUUUGGUUUUUCUGUGCAUUAAGUGUAGGUAACACCUCUUUAAAACGUUGUUUUAUACUUUUUUUUAAUUAUUAAACCUCGACUUGAUAUACCUGGCAAUUUAGACUGUUUACACGAUUAUAAACUAGUAGAGGUGGAGGGAAGGAUUGAAAAUGGGUAAAAACCUAAAGGAAGAGAACUCGGAGUCGUCGGAAUAUGGGGAACCUGCACAGUAUGACCCCACCUUCAAUGGACCUGUUCGGAAAAGAGGCUGCACUGACAUCAUCUGCUGUGUUCUCUUCAUUGUCGUUAUCCUUGGCUACAUGGCGGUUGGGAUUUUGGCCUGGCUUUAUGGUGAUCCCCGACAUGUCCUCUACCCACGGAACUCUACUGGAAUGUUCUGUGGCAUCGGGCCCAAUAAAGCUCAACCCAGUGUGUUCUACUUUGACAUACUGAAAUGUGUCACAUCAAUCAACAUCAUGGCCGCCACCCUUAAUGGGUUACAGUGCCCCACCACACAGGUGUGUGUGGAAAAGUGCCCAGUUGUGUUCUGGGCUCUCAAUCCUAUUGCCUACUUACCGAAUGCCAAGCCACAAGACUACUUCAACCAAUCACUCUGCGUGCCAUCCUUUGAUCUAGCAAGAACUACACUGAAAGUUAAGGAAAUUGUGGAUCAAGAGCUGUGUCCGUUCUUUUACACUCCUACUAUCUCUGUGCUGGGAAGAUGCCUACCUGAUGUUACCGCUCUGAAAAAUAUUCCUAAUGACUUUGCCAAUACGUGGGGCUUGCCAUCAAGCAUCAAUGAUACAGUCAAUGGCAUCAGGAACGCAAAAGGUGACAUAGUAAACAGCUUCAAUGCCAAGGAGAUUGGAGUGAGAAUCUUUGAGGACUUUGCAUCGUCAUGGCAGUGGAUCAUAGCUGCACUGGUCAUAGCCAUGGUGGUCAGUUUUCUGUUCCUCCUUCUGUUGCGGUUUAUUGCCCCUGUUAUGGUCUGGGUCCUUAUAUUUGGAGUGUUGGCAGUAGGUGCCUAUGGCAUAUAUCACUGCUGGUGGGAGUACGACAACUACAGAAAGUCGGCUGUCUCCAUCACUGACAUAGGCUUCACCACCGACUUCAAGGUCUACCUUCACGUCAAGGAGACCUGGCUGGCCUUCUUGAUAAUCCUGUCUGUGGUAGAAGGCAUUCUUCUCCUGACCUUGAUCUUUCUGCGGACCAGAAUCCUCAUCGCCAUCGCUCUCAUCCAGGAGUCCAGCAAGGCUGUCAGUCACAUGAUGUCUACGCUGUUCUACCCUCUCAUCACCUUUGUUCUCUUGGUGGUGUGUGUGGCCUAUUGGGGCAUCACUGCUCUGUAUCUGGCCACUUCAGGUAUUCCAGUGUACAAAGUGGUGGCUCUCAACUCUACUCAGGAUAACUGUGGUCAAAUCAGCGGCAAUGAGACCUGUGACCCACAGACAUUCUGCAACUCUACAGACUACUCGUGGUGCCGAUCGGCGCGCUGCAUCUUCAUCAAGUACAACAACGAGGGCCUGCUGCAGAGAAACCUGUUCAACCUACAGAUCUACAACGUGGUGGCCUUCCUGUGGUGCGUCAACUUUGUCAUCGCCAUGGGCCAGUGCAGCCUGGCCGGGGCCUUCGCCUCCUACUACUGGUCCUUAAACAAGCCCUCGGACAUCCCCACCUUCCCGCUGUCCCAGGCCUUCAUCCGCACAAUACGAUACCAUGUUGGCUCCCUGGCAUUUGGUGCUCUGAUCCUCACCCUCAUCCAGAUAAUCCGGAUCAUCCUGGAGUACCUGGACCACAAGACCAGAGCGGCUCAAAACCCCUGUUCUCGGUUCCUCAUGUGCUGUCUGAAGUGUUGCUUCUGGUGUUUGGAGAAGUUCAUAAAGUUCCUCAAUAGAAACGCCUACAUCAUGAUUGCCGUAUAUGGAAAAAACUUCUGUGUCUCCGCUAAAAACGCAUUCAUGCUUCUAAUGAGGAACAUUGUCAGGGUGGUGGUGCUAGAUAAAGUGACGGACCUGCUGCUGUUCUUUGGGAAGAUGCUAGUGGUGGGAGGAGUAGGUGUCCUGGCCUUCUUUUUCUUCUCUGGCAGAAUAAGACUACCAGGCAGCAAUUUCCAUACUGAAAUGCUCAACUAUUACUGGAUGCCCAUUAUUGUGGUUGUGGUGGGAGCAUACCUCAUUGCUCAUGGAUUCUUCAGUGUGUACAGCAUGUGUGUGGACACACUUUUCCUCUGCUUCUUGGAGGACUUGGAGCGACAUGAUGGAACGAUGCAGAAGCCAUAUUACAUGUCCAAGAACCUGAUGAAAAUCCUCAAUAAAAAGAACAGGGGACCUAAAAAUGUCAAAGGAAAAGAUUGAUGAAGUAGUGCCUUUAGACAAAUUAGAACCAGUUACUUUCAAUAUCCUAGAAACAUCCUAUAAAUGACAUGUUUUUCCUUUCAGAUCUUUCAGCCUUCUCUCCUUCUGUUUCCCCCCUUCUGACAUGUCAAAGUUGACCCAUAAUGGAUCACUUUUUUGCACUUUCAACUUGAGAUAACAUGUGUCCACGCUUAUAAGUGUGAUUAAGAUAUUUUCUUAAAUUCCAGCUACUGCUAACAAUUUUAAUUUACCAAAACUAGGGCUUUUUAUUACUCUAACCAAAACCAAAUGUUUAUUCUCUCCCAGUGCUUAUUUGUAUUUUUAAAAAUAUACCUUUUUCUCAAGUGAGCAAAUUAUUUAUUAGAUACAGAAAUCGCCGCCAUAACUGUUUUAAAUACUUUUUUUAAUGAUCCUCAGUAUUCUGUAUAUUGUUUCAGUUUAAGGUCUUUUUUUUUGUUAUGUGAUAUUGUAGAUAUUUUAUUUUUAUCUAACUAUUACAAUUUCUUUCCCCAUGCUGACAUCACUCCUGUAUAUUGCCUUGCUCUACAGGAAUAUACCUCUGGUUUAUUUCACACAUGAGCUUGAAUCAGUGGUGCAUGUGACCUUCUGAAAUGUUCUGAAACUCUUGACACUUGCAGGCUGCAGCCCCUUGUACAUGGGAGCUGAAGACACAGCUCUCUUUAGCAGAACUAAUAGUAAGUAAAGUAUGAGGUGUCUCAAUGUGAUCUGAGCAUUUCCUAUUAUUCUGUACGUAAAUCUGAGACACUCAAUUUAGUGAAUGGUAUGUGUUUAUUUGUGGCUCGCUUACAUCCAAUUAGUAUAUGUUGCAAAAUGUACAAUAUGUUACGAAUUCCAAUUUGCUGGUGCUAAUGUUUAGGUGGCUAAUGCUAACGUCACUUAUCUCUAGUGGAUAAGGUUGGGUUAAAGGGUUAGCUAACAUCCUAAUUAGCUAAAAUGUUACUUGUCCGUGAUGAGAUUCGAACACGCAACCUUUGGUUUGCUAGACGUUCACGCUAUACGCCCACCCACCCUAUUUUUUGCCUUAAGUAACCUUCUGUCUUAUGUAACCAUAACAAAUGUAAUAUAUCAUACUAAUUUAAGUGUCCCGGAUGUAAGUUUACUAUAUUACGUCUAGUCUGAGACCAGUCUGGCCCCCUAUUUCUCUUGUUAAGUAUAGACUGAAUUUGAUCCAGGGUCCAGAGUGAGCACAUCCAUCCAUUUGGCUGCAUGCACUCAACACAGAGUACUUUCAGUUGUCAAGUAUCAAUGUUCAUUUACCUCACAUACUGUACUACCCAAUAUGUCAUAAUCUCACUACAUUCCUCAACCUCUUGUCUCCUGAGACCCAGAGAGGAAAUGCAUGUGGGAGUCAGCAAUCAUGUGAUCUACUAAAGGAGAGACUAAUCACGUGAUCAUUCAACAGUCCAGUACAAGAGCAAGUGCCUCUACUGUUGAUCCAAAUUCUAGUAGCAUUACAUUGCUAUAAUGCUACUAGAACAGUUUGGGGGUAAACAACCUGUGAAACCAUAUGAUCAUCUCGACUGCAAUCAUAUUACUAGAUGGGCUACACCUGAUCCAGCUAAUUUAGGUUACAAUGAAGCUGAUUAAUUAUUUUAUUCUUGACAUGGAUCUAGUGUUCUUUGUGGUUGAAUGAAUCCCAUCUCUGCCUCACCCAUUGCCUUUAACAAUUCGGCAUAUUUGGACAUUUCAUAAACAGACCACACCGGCCACAUUAAAUGUAUUAAACAACUAUUUAUUCAGACAGAGCUUUGGAAAUUGUUUUCCUGCUGUGACCAUUUGGUUUUGCACAAUGUCUCACUGUCUUGCACAAGACUCAAUACAAAUGUAAUUUCAUUUUUUUUUUUUUUUGGUCAAAAAUAAACUCCUAAUACAAA